ACAUUUUGUCCGACCUGCCAGUGAACAGAGACAGAAGGCCUUAAAGCUUAUAAUCUUUUAGAUGAUGAAAGCAGGGUUAUCAAAACUCACUUUCAUUUUAUAGACAGUAUUAUAGUCGUUCUCACGAUGAUCAUAGAGAAUGUGGAAGCCCUGAAAUCGUGGCUGGCAAAACUCCUGGAGCCAAUAUGUGAUGCUGACCCCUCUGCAUUAGCCAACUAUGUGGUGGCUCUUGUGAAGAAGGACAAAACAGAGAAGGAGCUGAAAGCAUUUUGUGCUGAUCAGCUUGAUGUCUUUCUACAAAAAGAGACAACAGGAUUUGUCGAUAAACUUUUUGAAUGUCUGACAACCAAGAACUACUUGGGAAACCCUGCAGCCAAGGAAGCACCUAAAGAGGAGGUCAAACCAAUAAUCAAGUCUGAUGCUGUGGAGGCUGAAACUCCAGAGGAGGAGCGAGAAAACAGACGGAGGAGGAGUCCCCUGAGAAACCGCCUUGACUUCAGCGAGUCCAGGAGCCGUGAUGACAGGAGGCGAGAGGAGCGCAAGCGCCGUGACUUCGAUCGGCACGGGAAAAGCGUCAGUGACUCCCACCGUGAGCGGGAGCGCCACGAGCGUCGCAGGGGCAGCCGAGGAAAGAGCAAGGACAGGGAGCGCAGAGGAGACUUUAAGUCAAAAUUUGAGGCGGACAGAAAGGAUACCAACAGCUACAACACCUCCACCACAUCCAGCUCCCAACAGCAGCACCAGUCACCUAUCCUACCCCUGCCCACACCGCUGCACCCUUUUUCCUCCACUUCCUCGUCAUCAGUCUCAGGAGCUGGAGGCGUUCCCAUAGCAACACUAGCUCACCUGCCUGACAGCACUACAGACAGUUGGUCUGGCUACUAUGGCACCCAGAGGCAAGAUGGUGUCGGGAAGUCGUUCAACAACAAGAGCACCUCACUAAAACAGCGCUGCAGGGAUUACGAUGAAAAAGGAUUUUGUGUCCGUGGUGAUCGUUGUCCAUUCGACCAUGGCAAUGAUCCCCUCAUUGUGGAUGACGUCAAUCUACCUAAUAUUAUUCCAUUCCCACCCCCACCUGUUAUGCCUCCUGCUGGCUUGCCCAUGCCCCCGAUCACUGAGCCACCCCCUUCCAUCAGGAUGCCUUCGUUGCCACCCUAUGGCCAGCCACCACCACCAGGCAUCUUUCCCAUGACCGGACCCCCACUGAUAGCAACAAGUGGGAUUGAUACCCCCAACCACCAGUCUGCAAUCACUUCUUCACCUCCUAUUGGACUGCCCGGGCUGCCACCUACUCUUCCUCCUCCUACUCCACCUCCCCCUUCCUUGUCUACAUCUGUGUCUCUUCGCCCCCAAUAUGUCCAGUCUGAAUAUAACUAUGAUCCAGAAGGUUAUAACCCAGAAUCCCCAGGCCUGACUGCGGCUGGUCGUAACUCAUACCGUCAGUUCAUUCCCCGGGUGCACACCCAACGCUCCAACCUCAUUGGCCUCACCUCCAGCGAAGGACAAAGCUCUAGAGCUGCUAACAUAGUGAUCCAGACAGAGCCUGCCACUGCAGCCAGCACUCCUGGAAGUAAUGCGUCCCGUUUCAGCACAGAGCAGGACAGUAGGAAGAGAACCAUGGGACCCAGCAUAGCUGAGGGACCAGCAGCUAAAAAACCCUGGAUGGAGAACGGUUUUCCCAAGAGGAAUCACUAUGUGAACACUAAGCUGGAGGUGCGCAAGAUCCCACGUGAGCUCAACAGCAUCACAAAGCUCAAUGAGCACUUCAGCAAGUUUGGAACCAUCGUCAAUAUACAGGUUGUGUUUGGUGGAGACCCAGAGGCAGCACUGAUUCAGUACACAAAGAAUGAAGAAGCCAGGCGGGCCAUAUCCAGCACCGAGGCAGUGCUCAACAACCGCUUCAUCCGUGUGUACUGGCAGGAGCAGAUCUCAGGAAGUCAGGUGGCUGGAGUGAUGCCGAGCCAGGGGCCGCAGCACAGUAAUAUGCAUAAGGGCAUCAAGCAGCACAAUCCAGCCGCCUAUGUGUUUAACAAGACUGUACCCAAACAUCACCUCGCCGCAGUAGCUGGGACCACAGCUGCAACCAAGCCAGACAACUUGAAUCCUAACACAGACACCGUCACUGUGGCGCCUGCACUGACAAACACCCAGAAGGGUCCCUACACUUCCACAGCCCUCAAGUCAUCCUCAAAGAGUCUUGGGAAGACAGGGAAAGCACUAGAAGCACAGGAUGUCCUCAAGAAGAAACAGGAGGCAUUAAAACUCCAGCAGGACAUGAGAAAGAAGAAGCAAGAAAUGUUGAAGACACAGAUUGAGUGUCAGAAGGCCUUGAUAAACCGCCUGGAGAAGAACCGAGGCAUGAAACCUGAAGACAGAGCAAACAUCAUGAAGACUCUGAAGGAGCUGACGGAUAAGAUCGCCCAGCUGCAGAAUGAAAUGAACCCUGCCUCCCAACUCUCCAGCACUAAACCAAACCACAGCCAGUCCAAGACCAAAACUGAUGCCCAGAAGGAACUGCUGGAUGCAGAGCUGGAGAUUCACAAGAGAAUGGGCUCUGGAGAGGACACAACAGACCUCAAGAGAAAACUGGGGCAGCUACAGGUGGAGGCAACACGUUUGGGUCUGAUCCGGCCCCCAGCGGGUCGAGGUCGGGGCCGAGGGAAGAUGACCUCGGAGCCCGGUUCGAUGAGCGUGGGCCGCGGCAGGGGCCGAAGUCGUGACGCGAUGGCUCGUGGCGGGGCCGUGAACCGUAUGGUGGUUGACCACAGACCCAAAGCCCUGGUUAUUGUAGGAGUCACUCAGGAGGAGAAGGAAGAGCUAAUGCCUCACUUUGUGAGAUUUGGUGAGAUUGAGGACCUCCGUGACCAAGAUGCCAACAGUGUCAUCAUGACCUUUAAAACACGAAGUGAAGCAGAGAAUGCAGCUAACCAGGGAGCCAAGUUCAAAGGUCGUGUGCUGCAGAUUUCCUGGUACAAGCCCAAGACGCCCUCUGUUACAACAGAACCAGAGGAGGAAGAGGCUAAAGAUGAAGACGGCACGAAGGACGCUAGCUCUUAUUUGCCUGGGGAGGAGGAGGAAGAGGAGGAGGAAGAGGAUGAUGAUGAAGACGACAAGUACGAGAGCCGAUCUUGGAGACGAUGAAGGCAUUGUGAUCCGUCAUAACCUGCUUCCCAGCUAAAUCAGUGGUUAUUUUCCCUGACGUACAGAUAAAAUCAAUGCAGCAGAACUCACAUUUUUUUCCUUUCCAGUAUUUUCAUAGUAGUUUUAGACUCUAAUCAAAGUAAAAGCAUCUUUACUUUAUUGUUCAUCAAAAGAAGUCUAGAGGGACAACAGUGUUUGUAUCCCUCGACUAAACCAUUACUUAAAAUAUCUCACUUUUGCUGAGAGAGAUAAAUAUUAAGUUGUUCUUAUAGAUAGAAAAACAUAUGUAAGUUUCAGUGUGCUUACCAAAUGAUUAAUAUCAGUAAUGCACAAAGGUUGUGUCAACUGUGAAUAGGUAUUUUUAUACAUACUGUAUUUAAACUCUUUUCUCACCAGUUUUUGAAAAAUCUCGUCCUGUGUUCAGGGGCAACCAUUCCACCACCGAUAGAGAACGUUCUCUGUUACGGCCAGAGCAAUAGUUAUUUAUGGCACAGUAUGGUAUGGUUUUCCAUUUAACUUCAUUCAGCUUUUGUUAUGCGUAAGCCCAAAAUGUUCAGUUCAUAUAUUCUCGACAGUGGCUGUGUGUGCUGGCAUGAAUACAUGCUAGUAUCUGCAUGUUGUAUUCUUAAAUAAACAGAGCUACCCCCCAAGCAGUGCCUGGAAGUGCUGAUGCUGUGCCACCACUAUGUUGGAGCCAGUGCAGGUACAGAAGGAUACCAGUGCAAUAGAAAAACCCAGUGUUUACAAAAUCCAUGGUCACACACAUCAGAUACACUCUUGUAGUAAAUACAUUUCCCCCACUUUUAUUUUAUUGCUCGCUCGAUGUCCAGUGCCACUCUGUGUAAAUAGAAACACCUGCAGCGGUGUUCUACGUUUUCUAAGAGUGUGUAACUUUUUUUUAAACUUGUUUUACUCUCCUGGUCAUCCAAAGGGCCUGACAGAACAACGAUCAGAUCACCCAUUUUGAAAAUGAGAUCCAUAGGCGCGUGGUUGAAUGUAAUACUGAACAGUUGAUUUUAAUAUAUAUAAUUUCUUUGCCUUACACAAUCAGCAGAUGGCUGAAUUUUUACAAGAUUUGUGAUUUAAUUUUGUAAAUUUUGUAAAUGCUUGAAAGAGAAACAGUUUGUUUUCUGAGUUUUGUUUUUUCUGUCAUUUUAAAUGAAUGACAAGGUUGCGUCAGGUAGAAAAGGUCUAGGAAGAGUCUACAGUGUCUGCUUUUCUAACCAAGAGUUGUUCACCCUAACCAGUCCACUCUGUUAAACCAGUCCACUCUGUUAUUUCACUAAAUUUGUCGUCUAAGUAGCACAUUUCUUAUAAAGAAACACUGAGAGCUGCUCUGAGCUGUAGAAACCCCUCUGGAUGCUGUCAGACAGCUCAGUCUACAAGUGCAAACACAGUGUGUAUUUUUCAUGGCAGAAUGUUUUAGUUGGUUUUGAUUUCUUUAAUUAUACUGUAUUUUAGAAUUCUCAGGGUGGGAGGAAUAAGGUGCAUUGACAUUUAUAUGGAAAUGUGCUUGAUGUAAGAUAACACCAUCUUUACAUUUAAGACAUUUUGUUGGUUCCCUUAAAUAACAGUUUACAUGCAGCAUAAUGAAAUGUUGUGUGCUGUAUUCAACAAAACUGAUUAUAUUUAGUAAUAUAACCAGCCAGAUUUAAGCUCCAAUACAAUGGAGAGAUAAUUAACUUAUUGGUUAAUUAAGUAUAACAGCCUGACAUACCGACGACACACUCAUGCGGGGAGACGUCUGCAUGCACAUUGACCUGCAGACCUCUGCCAGCAUGUGAAUACAGUCGGUAACAAAGAAUUUCCUCCUACCUAUGAUGUCAGUAGUGCGCUUGUUUGGAUGGUAUAUCACUGUAGACUGUCAGUGACCUCAUUGUCUCAUUAAAGCCUUUGUUUUUUGUCUCCGCCAUCUGUCAGUUAAAAUGAAGUUCAGGUGUGCGAUGGAAAGCUGAAGCGUCUCUAACAUGAUUUGCUCAUGCUGAUUUUUUUUGUUUUUACUGAGGUCACUGGCAGAGAUAAAGGACAAGUGAAAAUGAGGAUUCAGAGAAGGUCUCCCACUUUUUGUACUAUAUUGUGUACGCUACUAUCACCCAAUAGUGUAAAAAUGUAAAAUGUUUAUUGGAUAAUAGUUUUGGAUUUGUUACUGUUUAUAUUUUCAGGAUGUGGAUGUAUUUUCUUUAUGUAUUUUGUUUGUAAAAAAUGGAUUUCUAACUUACUAGCAUGUUUGCUUUUGCCAAUAAAGCUGGAGGAAUGAGGUGCUUGUAACAUGACAAAAGAACAAAAAAAAGAAUUUGAAUUGGAUCUUGGAGGGAAAAAAAAGAAUAUUUUGAGUUAAAGGAAAAAAAUUGACCCAAAAAAAGAGAAGUCAACAUUGGCAAGAAGAGGAAAAAAAAAAAUCAAGCAAAAGCAUUCCAGAAAAUAUGACCUUAAA